AGGCCUCAAAUGCCGCUGUUUUUAUUCCUAGUGUGAUGCACAAGGACACAGACGCUCAAGAACUUUUGCACGUUGGCCAGAUGUCAUCCCGCAAAGGGUCAGCAACUAGCCAAGGAAAUGGACUUUCCAGCAGCAGCCGAGACGGAGACGAUUUGGAGCUGGCAGAGCUGGGGCCACUGUUAGAGGGGAAGGGAGCCCAGGGAGCCUCUGGCUCAGCCAGCGCCAAGGAGCAGCCAUGCACAGCACCGCAGGAGGAGGAGGAGGAGGAGGAGGUGGUUCGCGUGUUGACUCUGCCACUGCAGGCUCAUCACGCGAUGGAGAAGAUGGAGGAAUUUGUGUAUAAGGUGUGGGAAGGGCGCUGGCGGGUGAUUCCCUACGAUGUGCUCCCGGACUGGCUGAAGGACAACGAUUACCUCCUGCAUGGACACCGACCUCCCAUGCCGUCCUUCCGAGCCUGCUUCAAGAGCAUCUUCCGAAUACACACCGAGACGGGCAACAUCUGGACUCACUUACUAGGUUUUGUGUUGUUCCUCUUCUUGGGGAUCCUGACCAUGCUCAGGCCCAACAUGUACUUCAUGGCCCCGCUUCAGGAGAAGGUGGUGUUUGGGAUGUUCUUCCUUGGAGCAGUGCUGUGCCUCAGUUUCUCCUGGCUUUUCCACACUGUCUACUGUCACUCGGAGAAGGUCUCACGGACGUUUUCCAAGUUGGAUUACUCAGGAAUCGCACUGCUGAUUAUGGGGAGCUUCGUCCCCUGGCUCUAUUACUCCUUCUACUGUUCUCCGCAGCCUCGGCUCAUCUACCUCUCCAUCGUCUGUGUCCUGGGCAUCUCCGCUAUCAUUGUUGCUCAGUGGGACCGGUUUGCGACCCCCAAGCACAGACAGACCAGGGCAGGGGUUUUUUUGGGGCUGGGGCUGAGUGGCGUCGUGCCCACCAUGCACUUUACCAUCGCUGAGGGGUUUGUGAAAGCCACCACCGUGGGCCAGAUGGGCUGGUUCUUCCUCAUGGCUGUGAUGUACAUAACAGGCGCAGGGCUGUAUGCCGCCCGCAUCCCAGAGCGCUUCUUUCCUGGCAAGUUUGACAUCUGGUUCCAGUCGCAUCAGAUCUUCCACGUCCUGGUGGUGGCUGCAGCCUUUGUCCACUUCUACGGUGUCUCAAACUUGCAAGAAUUUCGCUAUGGACUCGAAGGGGGAUGCACGGACGACUCUCUGCUCUGAGAACCUCUAAUGACUCUAGUGCCGGCUUCCUAAGUGCUUUUUAAACUACUACUUUGCUCAAAUGAAAGGAAGACUUAACUCUUGGGGGGUUGGUUUUGUUUUUUAUGGGGACAUUCUCCAGCAAAGUCCAUAAUGACCAAAUCCUUGCCCUGCCUCAGAGCGAUUUGCUGGGCAUUGCCAAUAGUAGCCAAGGGGAAGAAGCACUUUCAACUUAGCCCUUCAUAGGAAAUAAAAACCCUCCUCUUCCACAGUGUUCCAAUCACAGCAGGAUUUUCUGUCUGAAGCAGAAAUUCUGUUUGAAAGCCAAGGGUGCAGAUUGCCUGCUCUCCAGCACGGCAGGCUGGCCCCUGUUUUUAGCUUCAGUUCUGGAGAGACAGGAAACUCUUAUUAGUUCAUGGUCUGGGUCCCGUCUCUGUAGGAGCAACCUGCCACUUUCCUGAGGACUGGCCCUGUGCAGGGGCUCUUCACAGGUUCAUGUAACUUACCUUUUAACUGUCUUUUUCUUGACCCAGUAAUGUAAAUGGAAUGAGACUAUUUAAUAUUUAAUACUAAGCUUUAAAGAGAGACUUGGUGCCACUCCAGGGUGUCUGCCCGCAAGCUGUUUGUGGUAACCUGGGAGGGACAGGACAGGGCUUUAGAGGAAUGUAGAGCUGCUGUAGCUGACUGAAAUAAAACGGUCAAUAGUUAAGUUGUGC